AUGAACUGGAUAAAGUAAUGGAUUCCUCUGCCCAGGACCAAAAUCUCCAGGCGCUUAUUAAUGCAGCAGUGGCUGCUUCUGUGGAAAAGGCCCUGUCAUGGGUCCUUCCUGUGGAUCCUAAGGACAGAGCCUCCUAUGAGCCACUACGCUCUGCUGAAGAAUCGGAGGACUCAGAUCCCACCCAGAGUGCACAAACCGCAAAAACUCUAUUGGAAAGAGCAUGGUCCAGAACCCCUAACCGCAAGGGUAAGGCGCCAGCAAAGUGUCCAAAGCAAAAGAAUACUAAGCAGAGACUCUAG